AAAGUUUCAUUUAUAUCAAACAUCUUUCAAAAACAUGGGAAACUUUCCAAAGAUUGCAUUCUAUUCAUCCUUUCUCUUUAUUCUGCUCGCUUUGAAAGUUAGUGGACGUUUAAUUUCAGAUGGAAAAGAUGACGUGGCACAAGGAGAAGAAGGAUCGUCUUUCUUGCAACUCAAAGGAAUUGAUUCUUCAGAAGAAGAACAUUGUGAGCAAAUGUAUGGAUUUUUACCAUGUUCAGAGAACAUUCUAGGCCAUUUUUUCCUCAUUAUUGUAUACGAAUACCUGUUAUAUCAUGGUGAAUGCUACGUUUCUUCUGGUGGAAAAAGAAUCUUCAAGAUUCUUGGCCCUGGUAUCUUUGGUGCUAGUGCUUUUCAAGUCCUUGGUUUUCUUCCUGAAUCAUUAAUUCUUCUUGUUUCUGGACUUUUUAACACGCAAGAAGUAGCACAAGAAUAUGUUCUUACCGGUGUUGGGUUGCUAGCUGGAUCAACAAUAUUUCUUCUCACUUUACUUUGGGGAACAUGUGUAAUUAUUGGAAGUCAAGAAUUUGAAUGUGAAUAUAAUUCUAAUACUUCGUUGGCUCCUACCCAAAACCAUUUCAAGAAGUUCUUUUCGUUUCUUAAUGGUUGUGGUGUAACUACAGACAAAGAAACAAGUUCAACUGCAAAGAUUAUGCUCAUUUCACUUAUACCAUUUUUGUUUCUUUUGAUCCCGAAAUUAUUCGGGAUGAUAUAUACUUCUCAUGGAUAUAUUUUCAUAAUCACACUUCCUAUUUCGGUUACUUUCUUGUUAGUUUACUUCAUUUAUCAGGUGUUUGAGCCCUCGAUCCAAAAGAGAAGAUUGUCAUAUGUAAAACAUGAGCAUUUAGUUUUAGACAUAUUGAAACAUUUGCAAGAGCACACUGCAGAUAAAAUACUCACUGAAGAUGGUUUAGCAAACUUGCCUGCUAUAAAAGGUUUGUUUACAAAGAUUGAUCAAGAUGGAGAUGCAUACAUAUCUUUUCCUGAACUCAAAGGACUUCUACAAGAUAUAAAAUUUAGGCAAUUAACUUGGGAUAAAGAGCAAACAAUUGAAGAAGUAAUGAAAGAAUUUGAUUAUGAUGGUGACACAAAAGUAACAAUUGAUGAGUUCACUGAUAGAUUCACAAAAUGGCUUGAUGAGACUAAAAAUGCAGUAAAUAAACCUUAUCGCUCAGUUAGUUCUUGGAAAGAUUUAUAUCAGGUUGUCCAACCAUGGGUUCAAACCAAAAAGAAAGAACGUGAAAUGAUGAAGGUUCUAGUAUCAGAAAUUAUCAGGCAUGAUAAAAAUACUCCAUUUGGAAACUUUUAUAAACAAGAUGGAAAACCAAAUGUGUCAGCCAUAAAGAGAUUGUUUAAGAGCUUAGAUGUCAACAACGAUAACUCAAUAUCAUUAUCCGAAUUAAAACAACUUAUGAUGAACGUUGACUUUGGUCAAACAUCAUGGAAUGUGGAUGAAGCAACAUCUCACAUAAUGGAAGAUCUUGACAAAAGUGGAGAUAACCAAAUUGAUGAAGAGGAAUUCAUUGAUGGAUUUAAAGAUUUGCUCAACACAAAUGAUCAACUAUUGACCCCUACAACACCCGGCCCUAAAAAUAUAUCACGGAAGCCAUGGGAGAGAUAUGAAAAUGAUGACGUGGAUAGAAGUUUGUGGGGAUGGACAAAAGCUGUAAUGCUAUUGGUUCUUGGGAUUGCCAUGCUGGCACUUUUGGCUGAACCACUUAUACACAGUGUACAAAAUGUGUCCAACUCAGCAACAAUUCCAUCUUUUUUUGUGUCCUUUGUUUUUGUCCCAUUGGCCACAAAUGCAAGAGCGGCUGUAGUUGCAAUCCAAACUGCAAGUCAACGGAAAGAGAGAACCACUUCGUUGACCUUUUCUGAGAUAUAUGAUGGGGUGUUUAUGAACAAUGUUCUGGGAUUUUCUGUUCUUUUAGCAGUUGUGUAUUUCCGAGGGCUGAUUUGGCAUUUCACUGCUGAAUUAUUGAUUGUGUUUAUUGUUUGUAUCAUUAUGGGGACGACAGCUGGCUUCAGAUCAAAGCUUCCUAUUUGGACAUCGAUUACAGCUUACCUGUUGUAUCCGUUAUCUUUGAUUUUUGUGUAUUUUUUUGCGGAUUUUUGAAAGAAAAAAGAAAACAAUAAGUAGAGGAGAAUUUCUUUUGUUGUAUAAAAGAUGAAAUGUAGAGAUG